UAUCCGGAUCGCGCACUGCAGUGCCAGGCUCCGAGCCUGCUGCACCACGGGUGAACUCUCCCCGCACCGGGUAGCGCCAGGCUCCGUGCCCGCACCCCUGGAUCCCCCUGGGCAGCCGCUUCAUGAGUCCCCCUAUAUGUUCUACGUGGGAUUGUUCUGCGUCAACGUGCUCAUCCUGUACUAUGCCUUCCUGAUGGAGUACAUCGCCCUCAACGUGGGCAUCGUCUUCCUGCCCGAGGACAUGGAUCAGGCGCUGGCGGAGCUCGGAGUGCUGUCAGACCCCGCUUCCCUGCUCUACGACAUAGACGCGCUGGACGGCUACCUGGACUAAGAGUGCGGCAGAGGGGAGGGAAGAUGGGGGCGACAGGAGCUCCGGGGAAUCCCCUGCACAGAGACGAACUGUUUUCCCGUUGGUCUAAAAUGGCCUCUGCACCGUUGCUUCUGCGGCGUCGGCCAAGGGUGACAGGAUGGCCGCCUGUUUACGGAGCGGAAUCCCGGUGGACGGACAUUGAAGAACUACAGCUGGACAUAUGUGGAUUAUGAAGAGAAGCCUAAAGUGGUUGUAAAUAUGAGGAUGAGCUUGAGACUGUCCUGGACUGUGGAAUGGAUUAAACCUAAUUUACAUAAAGCUUUUCAUUUAUUUAUUAAUUUUUACUAACCAAUGUCCGUACACUUAACAGCUGCUAAAACCGUGCAAUGGGAUGUGAAUAUUUGACUUUGAACCUGGCCUUCAGCUUUGAGAAGAAUGGGUCAUUGAGUCAUUAAAGGACUUCAGGACUCUUUUUUUUUUUUUAAUUCAUAGUAAUUUUAUUUUAAACCCUUAAAGGGGUACUCAACCCCUAGACAUCUUAUUCCCUAUCCUUUGGAUAGGGGAUAAGAUGUCUAGGGGCUGAGUAGCCCUUUAAGGACAUAGCGUUUUUCCAUUUUUGCACUUUGGUUUUUUCCUCCUUACCUUUAAAAAAUCAUAACCCUUUAAAUUUUGCACCUAAAAAUCCAUAUGAUGGCUUAUUUUUUGUGCCACCAAUUCUACUUUGUAAUGACAUCAGUCAUUUUACCCAAAAUUCUACGGCGAAACGGAAAAAGAAAAACGCCAUUUUGUAAGUUGUGGGGGCUUCUGUUUCUACGCAGUACAUUUUUCAUUAAAAAUGACACCUUAUGUUAAUUUUGUAGGUCCAUGUGAUUAAAAUGAUACCCUACUUAUAUAGGUUUGAUUUUUUUUAUUACUUCGGAAAAAAUCAUAACUACAUGGAGGAAAAUGUAUACGUUUAAAAUUGUUCUAUUCUGAUCCAUUAUAACUUUUUUAUUGUUCCAUGUACAGGGCAGUAUGAGGGGUAAUUUUUUGCACUGUGUAUUGGUACCAUUUUUGUUUUGAUCUGACUUUUGGAUUGCUUUUGAUUUAUUUUUUUAUGCUAUAAAAAGAGACCAAAAAUACGCUAUUUUGGACUUCGUAAUUUUUUUUCGGACAUUUACGCACGUGGUGAUAUCACAUGUUUAUUUUUAUUUGCAGAGUUUUUUUUUCAUGGGAAAAGGGGUGAUUCAAACUUUUAUUAGGGAAGGGGUUAAAUGAUCUUUAUUAACUUUUUUUUGUUCACUUUAGUUUUUUGCAGUGUUAUAGCUCC